UGGGAGGUUCUUUCAUUGUGCAAUUUUCCAUUGUCUGUACAGCAAGUCCCAAGAUGGCAUCCCGAGGCGUGUCGAGGCAAAUCAUGAGCAGCAAGCGUGCGCGAGGUGCGCAGAAGAAGAGCAAGAAGCUACAGGCACUGGAGAUGCAGCAACAGCAGCAGAAGGACGCAUCGAUCAAGCUGAACCUCCUCACCCCCACGGUCCCGACCAUCCUCGUCAAUCGCAGUCUUCAACCCAUUCAGAAAGCCAAAGUUGUUAGCGAGCAAACGUUAGAAGAUCACGAGAAGACCGACGAUGACGAGGAUGACGACGUGGACGACGAUCUCAUCUUGAUUCCUCGUCCGAUCGAGUUUUGCGCGCGGUUUGCCCCCAAGGCGACGUGGACCAAGGACGACUCGAACGCAACGUUUUGCCUGUCGAUCCCGUCGUUCCACGAGUCCACCAACGAAUCAGGAGUGCCGCAGCAUGUUGCGUACGCCAUCCUCGUGGAAACCCCACAUCACACAUUCACCGUCAAGAAGCGGUACUCGGAGUUCGCGGCGUUCUCGAAUGCGCUGCAGGUCAAGGACGUUUCGUGGGAGCUGCCUCCCAAGACGUGGUUCCGACUCACACAAGACGCCGCGCUGAGCGACCGACGAGCGCGUCUGGAAGCGGCAUGCGUCGACCUGCUGCAGCAACGACCCUACCUCGCCCUCGACCACUCGGUGCGCGAGUUCUUUCAGCUCGACCUGUUUGCGCUGUCAGUCACGCCCUCAUCCCCGUGACUGGUGCACCACCAGCAAGUAGGAGAAGCAGUCGACAUUCCAUUACACAUCUCACCACCGCCAAACAACACAAGGACGCAGCAUUAGCCCAUCGAACGCAGCCGUGCAAUUCCCAGCAUUCUCAAGUACCUUAUAAACAACACAGCCGUCCCUCUUAGAAACAUCAUAUGAAUAAUCAAUGCACAAAUACUAUCCUGCAAUUAUUAAUAGUACACGGAGUGCCAC